UAAAUAAAUAUAAAAGAAGGACUUCUUCAACGUUUUUAUUUUAAAUUAUGUUGAUUUUUAGCAAUUAUUACGAAUUAAAAUUACGUUAAACGAAACGCAUUUCAAAACACCAAUCAGCGUUCAGUGACGUCACUCGUGCGGUGUCAACUUUUAGAAGUUAACUUUGCGAUUGAUAUAUGAGCAGUGCUUAUUAUUUACGUUUUUAAUAAAAAUGGAAGUCGGAUUUAAUAGAGCAGACUCUAGAAAUUUACCAAAAGUUAGUGUCGACAUGGUAGUAACUUUUUUUGUCGUGAGUCCAGAGUUUUCAAGUGUAGAAAUGAAAGGGACUAAAUUAGUACGCUCAACGAGGGAAUCUUACGGCGAUAACGCAAUCGGUUAUGUGCAAAUUAAAAGAGAUGGAGAAUUAUGUACAGUGAAAAGUCGAGUUACUCCAGAGCACAAAGUACGAAAAGAAGGUUAUCGUGUUACAGCUGUAAUAAAUGAAGCACAAAGCUUAGUUCUGUCCUGCCAAUGCGAAGAUUGUGCAGCUUCUGAAGGUGGGUGCAAGCAUGCUGCUGCACUAUUGCUAUGGUUGCACAGAAGGUCUGAGGAGCCUCCAAUUACGUCCGUCACAUGCUAUUGGAAGAAGUCGAAAUUAUCUACAUGUGCUUCUGGAAAAUCUUUUAUAAAAGCCAAAGAAAUGGGUCAAGUUUCAGUCAAUAACAGUUUCUCUCAAGUGGAUAUAUUAAAAGAAUUUGUAGAUGCUGUCAAUAAAAAAGAUUGUCGGGCAAGUAUUCUUCGCUACUUUCAAGAAGACCAACAAACUACAAGCAUUCAUAAGCUGUGUUCAAGCUUGAUUGGAAAGUUGGACUCUCCAGAAUCAUUUCUUGAAACAUUAUCAAAGCAAAUGACCACUGAUAAUAUAAAUAUGGUAUUUUCCACCACCAAACAUCAAAGUGAUUCACCAAUAUGGUUUGAGUUGAGGUACGGCAGAAUUACUGGCUCAACUCUUUAUGAAGCCGCUCACUGUAGAACUAUAAAUGGUUCCCUUCUGAACAAAAUUCUGGGAGAACAUUCAAAAUUUACUUCCAUUGCGAUGAGUAGAGGGAAAAUACUAGAAAAAGAAGUUCUCAAAGUAGUAAGCAAGAAAGAAAAGAUUGAAAUUGAAGAAGCUGGACUACUUCUUAAUGCCGAGUAUCCUAUUUUUGGAGCAACACCUGAUGGGCUUACUAAAGAUUAUACAAUAGAAGUCAAAUGUCCUUCAACCGAAGCUGCCAUACUUUUCUAUGUGAAAGACAAUAAAAUAACACCAAAAUGUUGGACACAAGUACAACUGCAAAUGUUGUUCAGCAAAAGGAAAAUAGCACUUUUCUGUAUAGCACACCCAAAUUUUGAAAUAUCAAAAGAAGUAGAUAUUUACCAUGUGCCAUAUGAUAACAGCAUCAUAUCUGUAAUGAAUAUUGCAAAGAAAUUCUGGAUAGAUGCUGUAUUUCCAAAAUUAAAAGAUAUAUAUAAUAUUUAAGCACAUUUUUUUGUUUUUCAAAAAUUUAUUAAAUAAAACUAUGCUUCGCAAAUAUUGUUUUUUACAGAUACGGCAGAAUUUCUGGCUCAACUCUUUAUGAAGAUGCUCACUGAAGAACUAUAAAUGGUUCCCUUCUGAACAAAAUAAUGGGAGAGCAUUUACUUCCAUUGCGAUGAGUAGAGGGAAAAUACUAGAAAAAGAAGUUCUCAAAGUAGUAAGCAAGAAAGAAAAGGUUGAAAUUGAAGAAGCUGGACUACGUCUUAAUGCCGAGUAUCCUAUUUUUGGAGCAACACAUGACGGGCUUACUGAAGAUUAUACAAUAGAAGUCAAAUGUCCUUCAACCGAAGCUGCCAUACUUUCCUAUGUGAAAGACAAUAAAAUAACACCAAAAUGUUGGACACAAGUACAACUGCAAAUGUUGUUCAGCAAAAGGAAAAUAGCACACCCAAAUUGUGAAAUAUCAAAAAAAGUAGAUAUUUACCGUGUGUCAUAUGGCAACAGCAUUGUAUCUGUAAUGAAUAUUGCAAAGAAAUUCUGGAUAGAUGCUGUAUUUCCGAAAUUUAAAGAUAUAUAUAAU